ACUUCUGCCUUUACUACGACUGUUUAUGUGCUUAUAAUAGUUGAUUUCUGUUAACAAUCAACUUGUCAACCAUGAUGAUGACGAUGAUGAUCAGGGGCGUCAGUAUCUUCAUCAUGAACAUCAUCAUUAUGAUCUGCCUCCCCUCUCGUCUUAAAAUAUAUCCUCUCCUUAACUAACUCAACUCCCUCAAAAGGAUCAAAUUUUUCAUUAUAAAAAGACUAACAUGGAAUCCCGCCAAGCCCAGUUAGAAAGUUGCAACAAUCCAGAUUGAUUAAUAAUUUUAAGCUAUAGUGCCAUUGAUUUUAAGUUUACAUUUUAAUACCACAACAAAACCAAACAACAAAUUUCAAUUACAACAAAAAUGGAUUCUAAAAUGAUAACUUCAUGCAUCAUCUCUUGUUUAUUUGUUUCUGUAUCAGCUCAAUUCUUUAGUGGAUCUUCUGGAUUUGGUUCUUCUGGAUAUGGCUCUUCAGGAUCAUCUCUUUCAUCAGCCUUUGGUAGUUCUCUUUCACCUUUGUCAUCAGCUUUUGGUUCCCUCUACGGACUUUCUGGUUCUUCUGGUAAUGGUGGUUCAUUGGGCUCAGCUGGAUCUGGUGCAGGUUCAUCUUCCUCCGGUUCACCUUUAGCUAGCCUUUACGGUUCCCUUCCAUCUUACCUUCGAUCACCAUCUUUCUCAUCAGGUUUAUCAUCCAGUUUAUACGGCUCAGCAUCACCCAUUUUCACCUCAUCAACCUCAAUUCGUCCUUUAACCUCUCCCUAUGGACCUGGCUCUGGUGCCGGUGGUCUCUACGGAUCAUCAGCUCUUUCUUCACUCGGAUCACCUUAUGGUUCAGCCUUUGGAUCUUCAUUUGGCUCUUCUUCAUUUGGUUCAUCACCCUCAUAUGGAUCAGCUUUGACCGGUGCAUCUUAUGGUUCACCAACCGCUGGCUCUUACGGUGCAUCUCCAUCCUCUUUUGGAUCAUCUUUUGCUCCAUCAUACGGUUCUCUUUCACCCUCAUCACCACUUUCAUCAUCAGCUUACGGGCUUUCAUCCUUAGGUUCAUCUUAUUCACCUUCAUACCGAGGAUCAAGUUUAAUUCCCGGUUCAAGUUAUUCAAGUCCAUUUUACGGAGGCCUCGGAUCAUCUCCUUUAGCUUCAUUAGGACGUUACUAAAAAUACCACUAAUCAACAAUUGAACCAAUUAAUUGUCAUCUUUUUUUGCUUUCAAUUUUCAACUUUAACCCUUUUUUUGGAUACUAAGUUUUUUUACUAUUCUUAGUCUUUCAUUUUCCUCCUCCACUUCAUCCCAACGUCAAGCAACAACAUAAAAAGGCUAUUUAAAUCAUCUGAUGAAAAAUCUCAAUCACACAAAAUAAUCAUUUUUUUAUGAAUCUUUUUUUUCUCAUAAAUCAACACACGCAACCCUCAACCUUUUUUUGAAUACCUUUCGUUGUUGUUGCUUUUGCUACUUUUUUUUUGUUAAUGCGUUUAUAUAUUAUAUGUUAUAAUAUAUAAAUACACACACAAAUUUUAAUUAUAAAACUGUCUUGCCUUAAAUGCACUUCAAUGGAGUGUAAUUAACUAAACAAAUAAGACAAAAAACUCUAUUAGGAUUCCAAUAAUGACUUUUUCCCUUUUCUCUACUUCAAUGUAUAACAAUUAACAAUUGUAAAUAAUUAUCUUGAACCAGAAGAUAUAAUA